GUGGCCUUGUGCCCCGCCCCCAGCUCCAUGAUGUUCAGUCGCAGGAUUCCUCUCCACCGACUGUUUUCGCGCUGCGCUGUCAUGGACUCAAAGGUGCUCCGGGAGGCGGCGGAGAUCGCUCAGUUGUACCGGGAUCAGUGUCGGUUCCCGGCGUUGUGUCGCGCGGAUGUGGGACCGGUGAUCACGUCACGAUACGGCGGACAAUACUGCAACGUCUAUACAGAGUGGACUCAGCGGGAUUUGGAGAGGAAUGAAAAUGUGAAGUUUUGUCGCCAGUACAUUGUGUUUCAUGAUGACAAAUCAGUGGUCUACUCCGGACCCUCAGGAAACUGCACAGAAAUCAAGGGAGAGCUGCUCAGUGUGGAUUCUCCAUCCGGUGACAUGAAGGCUGUGCUGAGAGAGAGCACCAUUAAAGGAGAAGACAAGCAGUUCCUUGAGAUCUGGCAUAAGAACAGGAAGCUGAAGUGUCUUAAUCUGACGACUCUCAGCAAACACGGCAAAGUGUAUGAAGAUGAUCAGUUUGGCUGUAUGGUCUGGUCUCAUUCAGAGACUCAUCUCCUAUAUGUAGCUGAGAAGAAACGACCCAAGACAGAGUCGUACUUCCAGGGGCCUGAGACGGGUUUGCUCGCUGAUGAAGAGGAGACCAUCAAGACAGACAAGAAAGAGGAAACAGUCCUGGGUCAGCAGUUUGAGUAUUAUGAAGACUGGGGCGAAGCACUUGUGAAUAAAAGCAGCCCAGUGCUCUGUGUGCUGGACAUCGAAGGCAGUAACAUCACUGUUCUGGAAGGAAUCCCCGCUAACAUCUCCCCAGGACAGGCAUUCUGGGCUCCCAAUGACACAGGGCUUGUGUUUGCGGGUUGGUGGCACGAGCCAUUCAGAUUGGGGCUCAAAUACUGCGCCAACAGAAGGUCGUCUCUGUUUUAUGUGGAUCUGGCUAGUGGUAAAUGUGAACAGUUAUCAUCUAACUCCAGUGCUGUCUGCUCUCCUCGGCUAAGUCCUGACCUCUGCCGUAUCGUUUAUAUGGAGUGUAGCGUCUUCGGUCCACACCAGCAGUGCAACCGUCUAUGUAUGUAUGACUGGUACACCAAGCAGACAAGUGUUGUGGUUGAUGUGGUGCAGAGAGCCAGAGAGGAUGGUUUUACUGGGAUCUACAGCUCAAUGCUUUCUCCCCGCUGCUGGUCAGCUGACAGUCAGCGUGUACUUAUGUCCUGUGCUCAGAGAUGCCGUAAGGAUUUGUUGGUUGUUGAUACUUCAACUGGUGAAGUCACGUCUCUCACCUCCCAAUCAGAGGAGGGAAGCUGGAAUUUGCUGAAUAUUCACAGAGAUCUGAUGGUGGUCAGCUGCUCUUCACCAAACUGCCCUCCAGACCUGCGGGUUGGUUUCCUGCCAGAGAAGGGUUCUGAAAGCAAGAUGUCAUGGGUCAAAUUGGAGGAGACUCAACCUCAGGAGGAUAUCAGCUGGCAGACUUUAAACUUCAGCCCACCACCUGAGGAGGACAACAGCCAAUACCCUGGUUUGGACUUUAAUGCUAUUCUACUGAAACCAAAGGAAAUGACAGCAGGAAGCAAACUACCUCUCAUUGUCAUGCCACACGGCGGCCCUCAUUCAGUGCUGGUGUCAGAGUGGUUCUUGUCCACAGCAGUUCUGUGUAAGAUGGGCUUCAGCAUCCUGCUUGUGAACUACCGAGGCUCACUUGGUUUUGGUCAAGAUAACAUCCUCUCCUUACCAGGAAACAUCGGUACACAGGAUGUAAAAGACGUGCAGUUGGCAGUAGACAGUGUUUUGAAGCAAGGUGACUUUGACGAGCAGAAGAUCGCUGUGGUUGGAGGCUCUCAUGGCGGAUUCCUGGCUUGUCAUCUGAUCGGACAAUAUCCUGAGUUUUACAAGGCAUGUGUGGCACGAAAUCCCGUCACGAACCUGGCCACCAUGAUCGGCAGCACAGACGUUCCAGACUGGUGUGUGGUGGAAGCUGGAUAUGAAUAUAACACAGAUAUUCAUCUUGAACCUGCUAUUCUGGAGCAGAUGUUAAACAAGUCACCCAUAAAACAUGUCAGCAAGGUAAAAACCCCAGUACUUCUGAUGUUGGGGGAAGAUGACAAGCGUGUUCCCAGCAAGCAGGGUAUUGAAUACUACAGAGCUCUGAAGGCAUUGCAGGUACCAGUGAGAUUGUUGUGGUACCCAGGCAAUAAUCACUCUUUGUCCAAAGUCGACGCAGAAUCGGAUGGGUUCAUGAAUGCUGCUCUCUGGAUUAUCCAACAUCUUUCUCUGUGAUAUCACUUCCUCUCCAUAAAUCAUAACCAGCUUUUAUUACACUUUAUUAAAGUGAUUUUAGCGUUUCUUCAGCUUUGUCGUUGUCAUAUCGAGGCAUCAGCUUGGUGUUUUCCCUUCAGACCACAAAGGGGAAACUCAUCAAAAUUUGUCUCUGUGUGAUGCGAAAAGCACUUGAAGUGGUUCACAGGCAUAUUGUGUGAUAUCUGA